GAAGCGAGAGGAGGGGACGAACCGAGGGGAGGGGAGACCCGCCGCCUCCCUCCCUCGCUCGCUGACUCGCUCCCUCCCGGGCUGCGGCUGCUGCAACGGGGCGGCGGUGGCGGCAGCAGCGGGAGCGGUCUAGAGGCCGGCGUCGAGGAUUGCUGCUGUCUCUGCUGCUCCAGCCUCCCCAUCGAGGUCCUCUCCCCUCUCCCCUCCCAAGAUGGCAGCCAGCAGCUCUGAGGGCUCAGAGAUGAAGGAGAUAGAAGAGGGUCCCCAAACCCAAGGAGAAGGGCCUGGCCAUUCUGAAGCCAAAACUGGCCCUCUCCAGGUCCCAGCUGGGGUCCCAGAUGAGCCAGAGGCCCCGCAGCCAGGCCCAGACAUCACUGGGGCCCCUGUGGACUCAGAAGCCAAAGCUGGGCCAGCUCCAGAAACCACAGAGACCCCAACUGGGUCCCCAGAGACAGUCCAGGCCAAGGACCUCAGCUCAAGCCCAGGAGGGGAACCAAAUGCCAACCCCAGCCCCGAAGAAGCAUGCCAAGAGCCAGCACCCAAACCAGAAGGGAAUAAAGAGGUCACUGAAGACAAGGGGUCCGAUCUAGGGUCUGCAGCCCCACUUGAGCCAGCCUCAGAGCCUGCUCCCCAGUUGGACCCCCAGUCAGACCCUCAGCCAGACUGCCAGCCAGGUUCCCAGCCCACCCCCAAGCCAGCUCUUCACCCAGAGCCCCCUACCCAGGAGGACCCCACCCCUGAGGUCCUGACUGAGAAUGUGGGGGAAAAGCAAGAGAAUGGGGCAGUGGUUCCCCUGCAGCCUGGUGGCGGGGAAGAAGGCCCAGCCCCUCAGCCUCACUCGCCAGCCUCAACAAAAACCCACCCAGCCAAUGGGGCUCCUCCCCGAGUGCUGCAGCAGCUGGUCGAGGAGGACCGACUAGGAAGGGCUCACAGUGGGCAUCCAGGAUCUCCCCAAGGUAGCCUGAGCCGCCACCCCAGCUCCCAGCUGGCAGGGUCUGGGGUGGAGGGGGGUGAAGGCACCCAGAAGCCUCGGGACUACAUCAUCCUCGCCAUCCUGUCCUGCUUCUGCCCCAUGUGGCCUGUCAACAUCGUGGCCUUCGCUUAUGCUGUCAUGGUGAGCCCCACGGGACCCUGGCCCAGGCCUGCUGUGGCUCCCAGCUUCCUGCCAGCACUGGGACAGAAUCCCAGGAGAAGCCUUGCCUUCCCUCUCCUCUCUGCAUGGAUCUCACCCCCCAAGUAUGGGGCCUUUUCUGGCCUCUCCCUGGGACAUUCCCUUCUGAGCCACCACUGCCCUACCCUUUCAGGUGGGAGGGAGGUCAAGACAUGUUUCACACAGCCUUGCUGACCUGUGCCCUCUUCCCCCUGCCUCUCCAACCCUCUUUCCCCCUCUAACCACUGUCCACGGGGCCUGCUUGUCUCCUCUGGACAACUCUUUCACCUGAUUCCUGCUGGGCUGCCUUCUCCUGACCUGGACCCACGGUGCCCCACCCCUCACCCUAACCCCAGUCCCGGAACAGCCUGCAGCAGGGGGACGUGGAUGGGGCCCAGCGUCUGGGCCGCGUGGCCAAGCUCUUAAGCAUCGUGGCGCUGGUAGGGGGGGUCCUCAUCAUCAUUGCCUCCUGCGUCAUCAACUUAGGCGGUGAGUGGGGG